AUGGAAGAAGAAUUGAAAGAGAAAGAGGAAGAGGAAGAAGAAAGAUUAAUUAUUUUCCCAGUUAAUUUACAAAGAUUACAAUUUUCAAUACCUAUACCCAGACACAUCACUCAACAAAUCCCACCUACUCUAACUUCACUUGUUCACAUCUUUUCAUUUAAUCAACCAAUCGUCUACAUUCCAACAUCAUUGACUAGUUUUACAUUGAAAAUGGACAACAACCCUUUAAUUUCUCCCUAUCCAACAAGAUGCACCACCAAACUUGAAAUAAUCAAUAAUAAUCAAGACAAACAUCAACAACUAUACGACAACAAACAACUACUCCUUCCCUACAGUUUGACUACAUUGGAAUGUAAUUCAUACGACUAUGAUAAACAUGGUAAAGGUAGUAUUCGAUUGGAUCAAAUCAUCUACCAUACAAAUGUAAGACAUCUCAAAGUCGGUCGCUGGGAAUUUGAAAUUAGAAAAGAUUUGGAUAGCAAUGCUAAUAAUGGUAGCUUUAUGUUGAUUGAAAGAUCUUCUCUUGAAGGAGGAGUGGUAACAGUUGUUGGAAGAAAUCAAUCAAAACAGAAGAUCUAUCUUAAUUUCGAUCGAUUCGAUGAGAUAGUAGUUUCAUCGUCGACUAGUUAUAUUGCAACAAAUAAUUAUAUUUCACAGAAUUGUCAAGGUGAUUCAUUUACAACAACUUAUAAUUUGGAUGGUGCUUGUUUUGAUGGUACUAUUCUAACUUGUGAAAAUAAUCAAGUUUCAAUAUAUACCUAUGGUGAUUUAGCUUGUACUGGUACACCAUACCAAGUACAAAUCAACUCAACAGGUGAAUGUGGAAUCGUAUCCAACUUCCCAUCUGGUAUUUACCAAUGUGUUGAUGACUUUGAAAUCCCAACUGAACCAGCUCUUAUCACUCUCACCUACAAUGGUACUUGUCAAGAUAAUUGGAAAGAGGAACCAGUCAUCUUUAUGGUGGCCACCAAGAUUGACUAUUGUUUCCCAGUUAAUGGAAAUCCAAACGUCUCUUAUAAACUUACUUGUGACGCUGCUACCCAAUCCAACUUUACAAUGGUUGAAUAUUUUGAUGCCACAUGUCUUGGUAACUCAAAUCCAAUCAAUAUUCCAUACGCACCAAUUUGUGGUGAUAUAAUGUCAUCAAUCUUAAUUUGUAAUAAUUAA